AUGAAUCGCCUACCACGAGAACUCAUCGAUGCGAUACUUCAGCAAUGCAUCGAAUAUGGCCCCAAGAAUGCGGUCCUCGAUCUUCGGCUCGUUUGCCGCGUCUUUGACCAGAUUCUUAAGCCGUUCGCAUGCCGUACUCUGGACCUGGAAUUCUCGCGCCUGAGCAAGACGAGCGGUAUAGAACACCCACAAAUAGACGCACUCCAGACGAUAGGAUAUCAUUGCAAGAGCCUGUACAUUGACCUGAUGGUUCUGAGAGAUGACCUGGAAGUCGAGUUCCUUGAUACCGUAUUUGCAAGAGUCCCGUCCAUGGCUGACUUUUGUCAAACACUACACAAAAAGUACUGCAUGAAUGAAGCAUCUUUCACGGAGACAGAUUACUAUCAGAAGGUCGAGGAGAUGUUAUUCUACUGCCGUGACGUUGACCGCCUACGACUCAACCUCCCCUUCCAGCUCGUCGGCCGCCAUUGCAACGCCGCCACAAUGAUCCUGGCCAACACACUGAAAGCCUUUGCGCAGCGACCCGAGGAAGACUCAGCGAAGCUCAAUACACUCGUCGUAGAGAAUGUGACCGAUGUAGCCAUACGCCACCUCUGGAUGAAUCCGAUCGAUGUAAUGAACAUCAUGAAAGUUUUGGAAGUGUUGGAACACCUCGUCUUGACGUUACGGCGACACGAGAACGAGCCCAUGACCGUGGGACUAUUCGGAUCAUGCCUUUGGAACCUCGUUGAGAACGCGGGAGAGCUCAAGAGUCUGUGCUUGGUAGGGAUGGACCACGAUGACCGCCCACCACGAGGGCUGAAACAGACGAAAUUCUGGCAGAUGCCUGUUGACGAGUGGCGUGCCAAGUCAUUACCGGCGCCUAGCAUCAUACAUUCCAAUCUCACAUGCUUGGAGCUCAAACGGAUCGAGCUGUGCCCAGAGGUAUUUGUCCGUACGGCGGAGAAUUUUGGAAACACACUUCGAGAGCUUUAUUUGAACGAAGUAUAUCUCAAGGUCGAGCAAUCGCGCGACUGGAACGAGGAUUCUAAGAAAAUCCUUUGGGUUGGUAUGCCCAACCAACGUCCAGGGGAUGACUGCCAUUGGAUUGCUAUGGCGCUGAGAUGUGCAACACCACAUCUGGGAAUCUGCCGAGCAUCUUUCCUGGCCUACGAUCACUACAUGCUCGAGGAUAUGCCCACACAGCCAGAGUUUGACCUCAUUGACCCCUGUGGUCUUGGUCGAAGCAUCUCUCAGCGCUUCGUUGAAGUGGUCAUGGGAAUCCGCCAACCUACGGCUCUUACUAAAGAUGCAGUUGAAUACCUUCCUGCGGACGCUCUGUUCGACGGUCUUCUGAACAAUCUGCUCCCACGGAAUCGUGCACUGGGGGUGGUUGAAUACGAUACUAAUGCGUAUCAGACGGCUGUCGCCAAUUCCACGUCAGAGUGGCAACGCAGCAUCGAUGGCGUGUUCCCAAAUUGCAACUCCAACACUCUUGAUGAGUUACAUUUUAUCGCCGAGACGGCAUGCGAAGGCAUGAGCGAGAUACAUCGGCGUCGCAAUGAGUGGUCUGCUGAGAAUAGUAUGGCAAACGAGUUUACGGAAAACUUGUUUAAUAUCCCACCUUCUGACGACGAACAUAUUUAA